CAUCAUUCUUCUUCCUCUCUCCGCCAAUUAACCAUUGUAGCCUCCUGAAGGAUUCCAUUUUCUCUAGAGAAAUUCAGAGCUAUCCAUUUUCCAGCUUCCUGUUUGUCAAAGUUUCAAUUUACACCACAUCCCUUUGAAGCAGCGAAAACGUGGAUCCUUAGGGACAUGACUAAUAAAUGAGGCAAUGGAAAAGAUAUUUGAAAGAGAAAGCCUAUGAUCCGACCAAGAGUAGGAAGGAGAUGGCAAAGAGCAUUCCUGAUACUCGAGUUGAUAAAAAACAGUAUAGGAAGCUUGUUAAAUAUUGGUGCAGUAAAAAAGCAAAGAAGAAAAAAGGAGGAGUUACCCCUUCUAGGGCAAAAGUCUACAUUACUACUCGAACCUCUAAGUGUGGUGGGUUUUUGUCAAAUGAGACACAAGCUACAGUGGAAAAAAUGGACACUAUGAUCGCUCAGAAUGUUGAUUAUGAGAACACACUAGGUACUGAAUCAUGGGAAGAUGGUUUAUACUCUAAAGUAAAAGGAAUUGACAAGGGAGGUCGUGUUCGAUGUAUGGGAAUGAUUUCAAAAUCAUUGAAAACUACUACGCCCGGGGUUGACAAAUUGAAAGAACAAAUGGAAUUUAUGGCCAGGGUUAUGAACGACUUUCUAAUUGGGAUAAAAGAGCAAUUUCCGGAUAUCAUUUUAAGUUCCAAUGUUGUGGAAGCCGUGGAAUCUGCACAACAAAUUGUUAGAAAACAGGUUCCCAAUGCAAGAAAUGCCCAUAAUAUAAAUAUAAAUAGAGAACUACAUUCUCCGGAUAUAACAGAUUGUGCCGUUCAAGAUGGGCAACUUGCAGAUAUUUAGUGGAUGGGAAAUUUAUUAGUGGAUAUGCAAUAAGAGUUUUUAGACUAC